AUGGCUAUUCAAUGGCAGACAUACAGUACAGAUGGGGUAUCGAUUGCGGCGAUGACUGCAAAAAAGCCGUUCAAUUAGCAGCCGUAGAGUUACCGCAAUUCAAAGUCAAAGGCCAUAAGCAGAUGCAGAAGAUCGAGGUGCUCAGCACCGUAAUUACUCGAGACUCGUGUGUGAGAUAGAGUUCGUGCGUUCAAUGGGUUAUUAUUUAAUACAAAUUUAUAUACCGGCGAGUCUUAUUGUGAUAAUAUCCUGGGUCUCAUUUUGGCUGCACAGG